CAAGACAAGAGCACCCACACAGAGGAAAAACCCUUCAAGUGUGAUCAGUGCCACUUCACUGCAGCAAAGAAGUCCCUUCUUGACGAACAUCAAGCAAGACACGCCGGCGAGAAACGAUUCAUUUGCGAUGAGUGUGGGUUUAGGACAGCUUGGAGGUCCCGCCUAUCCAUACACAAGCGGCUGCACACAGGGCUGAAGCCCUACAAGUGUGACCAGUGCGACUAUUCUGCAGCAGAGAAAAAGACGUUGACCACCCAUAUGGCAAAGCACACUGGAGAGAAACCUUUCGGUUGCACAGAGUGUGGAUACAGGACAAUUCGAAGCGACAAGCUAUCCCGGCAUAUGAGAAUCCACACGGGUGAAAAACCCUACAAGUGUGACCAGUGCGACUUUUCUACAGCACAUAAACUUUCCCUAGACAACCAUCUAACAAAACACACUGGUGAUAAACCCUUUAAGUGUGACCACUGUGACUAUAGCGCUGUUAGAAAAUCACAUUUGAACGACCACAUGACAACCCACACAGGUAAAAAGCCCUUCAAAUGUGGCGAAUGCGGGUACAGAUUAGCCACAAAGUCGAGCUUAUCCCAACAUUUGAAAACACACUCAAGGGAAAACCCUUACAAGUGUAACCUCUGCGAAUUUUCAACGAUUACGCAAACCACGUUGGACAAGCACAUAAGAAAACACACUGGGGAGCGGCCCUACAUUUGUAUAGAGUGCGGGUACUCAACAGGGCGGAAAUAUCUGCUCUCACGGCAUAAGACAACCCACAGUGGAGACAGACCCUACAAGUGUGACCAGUGCGAAUAUAGUGCUGUAACGAAGGCCCGUUUUUAUGCGCACAUGGCAAGACACACUGGAGAAAAACCUUACAUGUGCAGUGAAUGUGGGUACAAGACAGCUCUCAAGUCUAACUUAACCAUACAUAUGAACAUCCAUACAGGAGAAAAGCCCUACAAGUGUGACCAGUGUGACUAUUCUGGAGCACGAAAAUCGCAUUUGGACAGCCAUCUAGCAACACACACCGGUGAGAAACCCUACAAGUGUGACCAGUGCGACUAUUCUGCAGCACAUAAACUCUCUCUGGACAACCAUCUAGCAAAACACACCGGUGAAAAACCCUACAAGUGCGACCAGUGUGACUAUAGCGCUGUUAGAAAAACCCAUUUGAACGAUCACUUGACAACUCACACAGACGAAAAACCUUUCGUAUGUGGGGAAUGCGGGUACAGAGCAGCUCUAAAGUCUAACUUAUUCCAACACAUGAAGACCCACACAGGAGAAAAACCACACAAGUGCGAACAGUGCGACUAUUCUGCAUUACGGAAGUCCCAUUUGGACCGCCAUCUUGUGACCCACACCGGUGAGAAACCCUUUGCAUGCGAGGAGUGCGGAUUGAGGACAGGUGACAAAUCGUUCCUCUCCCAGCACUUCAAGACUCACACAGGAGAGAAACCGCACAGUUGCGAUUACUGCGACUACACUGCAUUACGGAAAUCCAGUUUAGACUCCCAUUUAGCGAGACACACUGGCGAGAAACGUUACAUAUGUGUGGAGUGUGGCUACAGAACAGCUGAAAGGUCCAACUUAUCCAAACAUCAGAGAACCCACACUGGCAACAAACCCUACAAAUGUGACCAGUGUGACUAUUCUGCAAUGCAGAAGGCUAGCUUGGACACCCAUCUAGCAAAACACACUGGUGAGAAACGUUAUGUAUGUGGGGAGUGUGGUUUUAGGACAGCUGGAAAAUCUAACUUGUCCAAGCAUCAGAAGACUCACACUGGGGAGAAACCUCACAAGUGUGAUCAGUGCGAUUAUUCCGCAGCAAGGAAAUCUCACUUGGACAGGCAUUUAACAAAGCAUACUACUGAUAAUGUACACGUCUGGGAAGUGGUGGACAUGGACACAUCAGAAGCUUGCCCAAUCGCGAUAUAUGAGAACCCAGACAAUAUGAAAACCGAACAAAUGUGA